AGAGACAGAAGGCAGUUUGCUGUAGGCAGGGGAAGCAGUCACUCUGCCUCUCUCUCAACUUUACCGCACACUGCCACCAAAACUGCUAUCUCUUACACUCUGUCUGUCUCUAAUUCGUUUAGUGUCUUUCCAUAUAUCAGUCUCUCUCACGCGUUUAAUCUUUUCACCAUUUCAAGGUUUACCAUAUGGAGUCACGGCAUCAUGGGUAUCGUCCUUUCAAUCCAAGUCAUGCAAAGCCAUUCCUGGCCUGGAUGAAUUCCUCCCAUCGGGAAGCUGAGCAAGGUCCAAACUGUGCGGCCUCCAUGGGCCCCAGCCGGGUGUUACUCCAGGAGCUUCUCUGGCAAUUCGAGCAGAGAGAGUGUCUGGCUCUGGAGGAAGAGCGCCAACGUUGCUCCCAUGGCGCUCUAGGAUAUCGCCGGCCUCUCACCAGGGACAGCUUGCUUGCCCUAAUACCAGCGUCUGAGUGCAGACUGCUAGAACGGCUCUGUGCCCGGAUUCCUCCAUCACACACAGCCACGGUACUCUUCAGGUUCCGUGAGAUUUUGGCUCACAAUUAUGUCGUUCCCUGGGAGCUCGUGUGCAUCUUCAAACAGGUGCUGAGGGACUUCCUGAAAAGGCAGGAAGAGGUGGGCUACAGGAAAUCUUUUCCUCCAGCCCCACCAAUGCUACUUCCUGUAUCUCCUCCUCCUGCAGACAUCAACACCCGUGACCAAAAGACUACAAAGUCAUCUUCUCUGGAAGGGAAAGAAAAGCAUCGGGAGGAGAUCCCAACCAUAUCCAGCUAUGUGGACAGGCAUUUACAUAGUGCUUGUUCCCAUACUGUCCAAAGGCACUGUCUUCCCUACUGUCGCUCCUUUCCCUAUGACUAGCCUGAGGCCUACAGCGCCAAACUGUGAAGGCCAGAAAUAGCUCAGAGACACCCUAGUGACCACAGUGUCCUUCCCAUAGGCAAAAACCUUCCCCUGGACACAAACAGGACAGCACUAGUGAGAUCUGGGUUUGAGUAGUUACAUUAUUAGAGACCGGAUUUUAUGGGUCAAGGGAAGUGCUUGGACUAAGCUGGAUCUUGACUAAGGCCAGGCUUAUAUACGUGAUACUGUGAGCAAAAAAUGAGUCUAUAAAGUUUACCAGUCAGGUGGUUUUGAUUUAUUCAAUUUCCACUGAUAAACUCUAUGGGAUUUGCUAAAUAUAUUGUGUCCACUGUGUCUAUUUACUAGUCAGUAAAUCUGACCAUCUGUAACACCAAAUUUAUACAAAAGUACUUUCAACAUCAUGAGCCAUAUAAACUCAGUAAGCAACACACAGCUGCCAGCCGACUUCCACAGCCUAAUCGGCCCUUUUUCUCAGUUAUAUUUUUGGAUUACAAAGCACAGAUUAGCCUGAGGGGAGAGAAGAGCACAGCUCUCUCUAUGCUUCAGUACAUCUCUGUAUGCACUAAUCACACACACUACAACCAUGUGUGUGUACAUCAAUUAACUAAUGUGGUGUUUUCCCUUCUUUGUGUAGAAGGCAGGUGGAAUAUGACAUACUGAGUGAGAGAACUAGAAUAAGCUACAGAUCCUGAGGAAAUGUCAAAAAGGGGACAUUUUUUUCCAUGAAAUACCAGCUGAGCCAAACCUUUUUUUUUUUUUUUUUUUAAUGCACUGCUGCUACACAAAUGGCCUUCCUUCAAGGUUUUCCUUUAUGUAACUGUCCUUCUUUGGUUAUAAACGGAUCACAGACCAAAUAUUGCCACUAUCGCCUACAGUCAAAUGUGUUUCGUCAUUCCUAAAAUUUGUCAUAUGUCAUAUGUAAAAUAUUGUUUGACUGAAUAACUGGCAAUAAAAUAAAAUAAAAUA